UCGCGCCGCUCCUCUCCCCAUAGCCGUGACUACAGCCAUGUUCCCCUCGGCUCCCGCCUCUCCGCGGACCCCUGGCGGGUCGGCCCGCAGGAACCUCGGCAGUGCCGCCCCCAGCCCUCUCUCCCGUCCGGGCGGCAGGAAGAACCUGCCCGCCGUGGCCGUAGCCAGUUCCCCGGUGCUGUUUUCCCCGGUGGCGCGGAGGAGCGGCUCUCUCUCUGCCCGAGCAACUCCUACCAGAGUUAUCCAGCUUCCUUCAGCAAGUGAGACUAUUAACUAUGAUGUUAAGGGGUUUGGAUCCUCUCUGCCUGUUAAGGUUAUGGAAGCCCUGAAGAAAGCUGAUGCUGAUGACCAGCUGAGUGUUCAAGUGGAUGAAAGUGGAUGGGCCUGGCUAGUCCAUAAAGAGAGGCUGAUUGUUUGGAAGAUUGGUCAGUCUCCAGUAGCUAAGUUAUCUCUGUGCAAGGAACUACAGCUGCCACCCAGUGACUUCCAGUGGAGUUCUAAUUUAGCAGCUAUAUCUUGUCUCAGUUCUUCAGGUGAUGUGCCUUCUCUGCAGUCUCCGGCAGUAAUGGUUGCUACCAGUGAAGGUUCUGUGCGCUACUGGCCCAGUCUUGCUCAUGAAGGUUCAUAUACGGAGACUUUUACAGAUUUUGGAGGCUCUCUGUGCAGCUUCCUAACAGCAGUAAAGGGAGGAAGCUUUAUUUUAUCAUCUUCCAGCGGCCAGCUAGUUCGAUUGAUACCAGAUAGUUCUGGCAAGAUUCAUCAGCAUGCCCUACCACAGGGUCAGGGCAUGUUUUCUGGAAUUGGUAGGAAGGUUUCUUCUCUUCUGGGUAUAUUGUCUCCUGGAAAUGAUGCCAUGGUUUCUAGCGUUCUUUGGGAUAAAGAGAGAUUGAGCUUUUAUAUGCUAACAAGUUCAAAUCUAAGCAAAUGGGAGAUUGAUGAUUCAUCAGAACGUUAUAUUCUCAGCUGGGAUAUCAACAGGAUCCUGAAAGAACAUAUUACAGAUGCAAUUUGGGGUUCUGAAAGUAACUAUGAAGAUAUUAAAGGAGGAGUAAAUAUACAGUACAUGGAUUUGCAACAGAAUCGUGAUGGACUGGUGAUACUUGCUGCAGCAUGGCAUCCUGGAGAUCGUCCAUGUCUUGUCUACUACACUCUGAUAACAGUAGAAGAUAAAGGCUACCAGAUGUCUGAUGAUGUUGUUGUGGAGGUCACACAGUAUAAUCCGUCUUUUCAGUCGGAAGAGGAAGUGUUGUGCUGUCUGGUAGUCCCAGAUUACUUUAGCCAUGCUGCUUACCUUUAUAAGGAAAAUGAAGUGUUUGCUUGUUCCACUGGAACUGGAAGAAUUUCUUUACCACAGGAGAAAAUCAUAUUUGGCAUACAAGGAGACAGCAUUUUAGGAGCAGGUUCCUGUACUGGGCUCCCCAUCUUCUUUGCCAAAAAAAGCGGACUUACCACCAUCUUGUCCAGGGAAAACAUUUCUGUGCUUCCAGAAGACCUUGAAGAUUCCCUGUCCUGUUCUGUUGCUGGACCAAGAAGUGAGAGUCCUGCAUGUGACAUAACCAGUAGGCUAGAAUUUAUAGCACAGGAAGAUAAGAGUAAAUUGCUGAAAGCUGCUUUUCUACAGUACUGCAG